UCAAGCUGAAGUCAUUUCGAAGCCGCUGAUGCAGGCUAAGCUUUAGGGUUAGAUAGAGAAUGCCAGGCGCCGUCUAUGCCUGAGCCUCAAGAGACAAAAAGAGAGAACGUGCAUGAGAUAAGAUCAAUGAUGACCUCAAAUCAAAAAAAGCAACAACUACGUUUGAACAAAUAAUAUCUAGGCCGUAGCACUUUUAACUGAGAGUGCUAUAAUCUCAAUCAAACUAAACAACUGGAAAGGGUUCAUAUUAAAUGGGGUUAAUCCACGCGACCUUCAUUAUUGACGCUGAACAAAGUCUAGCAGCAAAAAAGAAACGGCAAUUUCACCGUUCGACCGUAGCAGACUUCUUUUCCACAUACAUUUCUGCACUAAAAAUGGCAAGGAAAUAUACAAACAUGAACAGUGGAUCCCUAGAUGGCAGGUGAGCAAAUCAGAAAACGGUCAAUCAUACUAUGAGGUUUUUCAAACUGUACUACGUCAUAUAUAUGUACUGCAACAUUGGUACCCAAAAAAGGCCCAUAUCUGAUCAGGAAAGAACUAGAUAAGAAACUGAAGUUUCCCGUAACGGGACAGUAUACAUGAAAGAUGCACCUUACGGGAUAACAAAAAGCCAACGAGCUGACCACCGCGACAAGGAAACUGGUACGUAAGCAAACUAGGAAAAUAGAUAGGCAUGCAAACUAGCAUAUCCUGAUCCACUUUAAACUCCUGGAAACUUUGCCUUUUCCCCUGAAUUAUUGCCACUUGCAGACCCCUGCUCCUUUUUAUACCAAACCAGAGGACUACCAUCAUAACACAAACCUUGAGCAAUCCUCUAUUGUGCCACUCCCAACAAAGGAAAAAUGAAGAGGGGACCUGAAGCAGAAGAACAGAUAUUAGGUAAGCAAGGUGAUGAAGCUGGCCGCGCCGAUGACAAUACCUCAACGCCAUGGCUAAAGCUGGGCCUUGAUGCACUGAGAAGCGAAGCGGCUAAGCCUCCAGAGGCCAAACCUGUGGCCACCCCUCAACGGACGUUCUCCUGCAACUACUGCCUGAGGAAGUUCUUCAGCUCGCAGGCCCUUGGCGGGCACCAGAAUGCACACAAGAAGGAAAGGUGUGCAGCCAGGAGAUCACGAAGCUUUCAGCAACUGAUGAUACGCUUUCCUCCAACUGCUUCCUUCGUCCAACCUAUGAGGGCCAGCCCCCACUCCACAAUUCUGACUGCACAAGGUGAAAGGGCCGCUGUUGUUGUUGCAAGAUUUCAUGACGGCCAAAUGAGAAACAGGAUGCCUUUUGCAGUAGAGGAAGCUGCCUAUUUCGUGUGGCCUGGGAGCUUCAAAGCAAGUCUUCAGGAGCCCAUGAAGCAACCAGAGGAAAAUAUUGAUUUGAGCCUGCAUUUGUGAUUUCUAAUCCAUAAUUCCAUGUAUAAACAUUUCCUGUGAAGUCAAUAUUUUGCAUCAUCUUUUGAGGUGA